GCUUCGUUUAUCUGGUCUUGAACGUUUCUGCCUAACUCAUUAAAAUAGGUUUAAAUGCGUUUUUAACAGCAUUUAAAGACCACAGCCUGCCUCAAAUAGGUUGCUGUGGCUCGUUAGAUUUAAUGAAAGAUUACAUCAGUUUAGCACAGUAGAGAGUUUUCGUGUUAAUAGAUCGUGUUAGACAAUUAGCUUGCUAGCUAACAUUAGCACGUCGAGCUAAUCUCUUUGGAUAAUCUCACUUCACCAAAACCCACCACCCGUAAUUCCGAUGGAAAUGUUAUCGAGCCGUUUUAGAUAGCUUUAGGGGGUUCCUGUGGUACUGGAAAACCUACCUGGAAGAAUUGCAACACUUUUUUUCGCCACUAAAAUAACACCCAGUGGAGAAAGAAGAUGGAGAUCCACCUUAAUCGAGUGGAUUAUAUUCAGGUUGGUGUGACAUCCCAGAAAACUAUGAGGCUGCUUCCAGCAGUGGGGAAAAAGGCAACCCAAAAGGUUGCUGUUGCUGAUCAUGAUGGUAUCCUAACCUGUUUUGGGAUGAAGAAGGGAGAAGCAGUGCCUGUGUUCAAAACACUGCCAGGGCAGAAAAUAACCAGGUUGGAUCUUGGAGGAGCUGCGGGAACUCCACAGGAGAAGAUCUUUGUUUGUUCUGGUUCUCAGGUCCGAGGAUUCACCAAGAAAGGCAAACAGUUCCUCACCUUUGAAGCCAACCUCACUGAGAGCAUUAACGCCAUGCAUGUCUCCGGCGCUGAUCUUUUUGUGUGUGCGAGUUACAUCUACAACCACUACUGUGACUGCAAGGACCAAGACUACUACCUCUCUGGAGACAAAAUCAAUGACAUCACAUGUCUAUCCUCAGAAAACCUGACUCGCUUUGUCCCGAUCCUGGCCUGCCAAGAUCGGGUUCUCAGAGUCUUGCGGGGAUCAGAGCUUGCCUAUGACAUUGAAGUCCCUGGCCCUCCAUCUCUCUUGGAACUUUACAAUAAAGACGGAGGGGAGGAAAUCCUCUAUGGAACUACAGAUGGUAAAAUAGGAUUGGUGCACAUUGGUGAGAGCUCAGCGUCAACCAAAUGGGAGAUAGACAACGACAAAAAGAAAGGAGGAAUUCUUUGCAUCGACACUUACGACAUUGUGGACGACGGAGUGAAUGACCUUCUGGUGGGCAGGGAUGAUGGCACAGUGGAGGUCUAUGGCUUCGACAGCGCCAGUGAGCCCACGUUACGCUUCGAGCAUGUGUUGUCAGAGAGCAUCACUUCCAUCCAGGGGGGCUGCGUAGGGAAAGAGUCUUAUGAUGAGAUCCUGACGACCACUUACACAGGUUGGGUGACUGGUUUAACAACUGAGCCGCAGAAGGCUGAGGCCGGCCCCGGAGACGAGAUAAGAAUGAGCAAGGAGGUCCAGUCCAAAGUAGAAGCACUCAGGUCUGAGCUGGAGCAGCUGCAGGUGAAAGUCCUGCAGGGCCGGGAGCAGUACCAGCAGACGUCUCAGUCCAGCACCGCCGUCUCUGCUGUGCCCGUCUUCAGCAUCAACGACAAGUUCACCCUCUGCCAGGACGACGCCAGCUACAGCCUCAUGCUGGAGGUGCAGACCGCCAUCGACAACCUGCUGCUCCAGAGCGACGUCCCUAUAGACCUGCUGGAUGUGGACAAGAACUCGGCAGUUGUCAGUUUCAGUGAAUGUGACUCAGAGCAGCCUAAUGGGAACUUUCUCCUGGCCACGUACAGAUGUCAAGCUAACACUACCAGGCUAGAGCUCAAGGUGAGGUCCAUUGAGGGGCAGUAUGGCACCCUGCAGGCGUACAUAACCCCGAGGCUGCAACCAAAGACAUGCCAGGUCCGCCAGUACCAGAUCAAGCCUCUGUCCCUGCACCAGCGCACACACAGCAUAGACCAAGAAAGGCCGAUGAACAGGCUCAGUCUGGUGGGACAGUUCAGUUUUGCUGAGAUCCACUCCUGGGUGGUCUUCUGUUUGCCGGAGGUGCCUGAGAAAACACCGGCAGGAGAGAGCAUCGCUUUCUAUUUCCACAACACUUUCCUUGGGACACAGCUUGAAGCAACUUAUUGCAAAGGGGAGGGUCACUUCAAGUCAGACAACAUCUCUACCAUCUCCAUACUGAGUGAUGUUCUCUCCAAAGAAGCCACCAAGAGGAAAAUCAAUCUGAACGUUUCAUACGAUAUCAAUGAUGACUCUGUGAGCCACACCCUGAAGAUGAUACAUCCAAAGCUGGAGUACCAGUUGAUGUUGGCUAGAAAAGUUCAGCUUAUCGAUGCACUAAAAGAGCUUCAGGUCCAUGAGGGAACCGCUGACUUCCUCAUCCCAGAGUACCGUAACAUCCUGGAUGAGUCCAAUAAUCUCCUUGUGGAGUACAAGAAGCAGCCAGCACAUCUUGAGAGGCUUUACGGAAUGAUCACAGACCUCUUCAUCGACAAAUUCAAGUUUAAAGGCCAGAAUGUGAAAACCAAGGUGUCCUCAUUGCUGGAGAUUCUUGAUAAUUAUGACUUAAAUUCACUUUUAGACUUUUUCAAUGAAGCAUGAUAACAUGUAGAUCAAAGGGCGAAUAUGUAUUUACUUGUUUGUCUUUCAGUGUCUUCCUUUGUGCUAUUUUUGUAUUGUAAAUACAAAAGUUAGGUUUUAUGAUAGUAACUAUCAGUGUCAAUGUCCUGUUGUUAUACCGUCAUUUAGAUGACAUGUGUUGUACAGUAAAUAAAUAUUUAUAUCAUUUAUUUUGGUAGCAUCUAAAACAAUUGUGUUGUUUAAUAAACUACUGCAAAGAUUGUA